CAAUCGCAAGAAUGGCCUCCUCCUCGGAGCACGGGUCGGUCGCAGCCCCCGGGAGAAAAGCCUUCAAGAACCAAAAGUCGAAGCAGGAGAACAGAGAUGAAUCAGAACUACUUACUGUACCUGAUGGUUGGAAGGAACCAGCAUUUUCCAAAGAUGACAAUCCCAGAGGGCUGUUGGAAGAGAGCAGUUUUGCAACUUUAUUCCCCAAAUACAGAGAGGCUUACUUGAAAGAGUGCUGGCCAUUGGUACAGAAGGCUUUGAAUGAACAUCAUGUUAAUGCAACACUUGAUUUGAUCGAGGGCAGCAUGACUGUUUGUACAACAAAGAAGACUUUUGAUCCGUAUAUCAUCAUUCGGGCCAGGGACCUGAUAAAACUCUUAGCAAGAAGCGUUUCAUUUGAACAGGCAGUGCGAAUUCUGCAGGAUGAUGUUGCGUGUGACAUCAUUAAAAUAGGAUCCUUAGUACGAAAUAAAGAAAGAUUUGUGAAAAGAAGACAAAGGCUUAUUGGUCCCAAAGGAUCUACACUGAAGGCCUUGGAACUUUUAACGAACUGUUACAUUAUGGUUCAGGGAAACACAGUUUCAGCCAUUGGACCUUUUAGUGGCUUAAAAGAGGUUCGAAAAGUGGUCCUAGAUACUAUGAAGAAUAUUCAUCCAAUUUAUAACAUUAAAACGUUAAUGAUUAAACGAGAGUUAGCGAAGGACUCUGAAUUAAGAUCACAAAGUUGGGAAAGAUUUUUGCCGCAGUUCAAGCACAAAAAUGUGAAUAAACGGAAGGAGCCAAAGAAGAAAACUGUUAAAAAAGAGUAUACACCAUUCCCACCACCACAGCCAGAAAGUCAGAUUGAUAAAGAAUUGGCUAGUGGUGAAUACUUUUUGAAGGCAAGUCAAAAGAAACGGCAGAAAAUGGAAGCAAUAAAGGCUAAACAAGCAGAAGCCCUCACUAAGAGACAAGAAGAGAGAAACAAAGCUUUUAUUCCACCUAAAGAGAAGCCAGUUGUGAAGCCUAAGCAAGCUUCUGUCGAAACUAAAAUUGAUGUGGCUGCUCUUAAAGAAAAGGUUAAAAAAGCAAAGAAUAAGAAACUGGGAGCUCUCUCAGCUGAAGAAGUUAAGCUUAAAAUGGAAGCAGAUGAAAAGAAAAAGAAGAAAAAAAAAUAAAAGAAAAUCCAAACUCUGAACAGGAACUUACUAAAAUAACUCCUUUUGUAAAGGAUUUUAAAAUAACAAGGCAUUGGUUGCCCAAUAUUUGAGAAUACUCUGAUCAACUUUUCUGAGUUUUGUAUUUCUAUGUGACUUUUUUUGAGUUGUAAUAAAUUAUUCUAUAUGUGUUUAUGAAUUUUUCAUACUAGAAAAUGAAUAUAUCUUUGUAUACCUGACAUUUAAUCUGCUCUAGUCAGCUUUUGCCAAAGCAUGAUUGCAUGAAUAAUUCUUUAGGUUAUUUAAAUGAUUUUUUGAAAUAUGACUGUUGUAAUUGUAUAGAAAAUCCAGUGUCUGAUAAGAAUGAUUAGUCUUUAUAUGUAACUGUCCCAACAUCCAGUUUUGAAUAAAACAUCAAUUUUAAGUGUU